ACAAAUAAAUAAACAAACAAAUAAAUAACGUGUAAAAGACUUCCACCACCUUCACUUCCCUGCAGUUAACCGUUACUGCAACUCUCUUCUCUGCUGGCCUUGCUGGUGAUUGAGCCAAAAGCCCAGGAAACAACAAAAAGUUGAUGGCUAAUGAGUUUCUCAGACGCGAGUAUCCCUAUCGUAUUUACACGGACUCGUCCACCUUCUGCUCUCUGGAUUCAGGCAGGCUUAAGAUAGGCGAGACGCUAUGUGGGGUGUUAACACCUUUCCUUGGCUUCAUUGAAUGUUUGAUCUUUAGCUUUGUCGGUUGCUUCCAUCGCCAUCGUCCUCGAAAAUGUCUCUCUUACUCUUUCAACGACGUUGUUCGUCUCGCUAAGAAUUCACCUUUUAGUGUGAAUGAGGUGGAGGCGUUGCGCGAAUUGUUCAACAAAUUGAGUAGUUCAAUUAUCGAUGAUGGCUUAAUCCACAAGGAAGAGCUCAGAUUGGCACUAUUCAAUACUCCGGCUGGUGAAAAUCUUUUUCUGGACAGGUUAUUUGAUCUUUUCGAUGAAAAGAAAAAUGGAGUCAUUGAAUUUGAGGAGUUCGUCCAUGCACUCAGUAUAUUUCAUCCCCAUGCUCCUCUGGUGGACAAGAUUGAUUUCGCGUUUAGGCUGUAUGAUUUGAGGCAGACUGGAUUUAUCGAGCGGGAAGAAGUUAGGCAAAUGGUGGUUGCCACUUUGCUGGAAUCUAGCAUUGAGGUGUCGGAGGAAACUCUUGAACUUAUCAUUGAUAAGACAUUUGUAGAUGUUGAUUCAGACAAGGAUGGUAAAAUUAACAAAGAUGAUUGGAAAGCUUUUGUUAUUCGCCAGCCAACACAUAUAAAGAACAUGACACUUCCCCAUCUAAAGGAUAUCACCGCUGUUUUUCCAAGUUUUAUCUUCAACACACAAGUUGCUGACUAUCAAUGUUUGAAGUUCUACCUAUAAGCUUAAAAGUUCGGCUCUUUAUUGCCUUGAGAACCCUUCAAUUGAUACAGUCAUUCUGCAAAGUCAACCACGUCAUAUCUCAAUUCGUUAUGUAAAUUUAUUUGUUUGAAAUUGUGAAUUACUCCGCACUUUUUUAAAAAUCUUUUUAAACAUUGCAUAUAGACUUUUUAGAUAUGCUACCUUGUACGUUACAACAGAAAUUAAGGAGGACGACCAAGUGGUAUAAGAUAAAAUUUUGGAUAUAA